AUGAACUGCAAAUACACAAAUGAAAUGAGCCAUAAGCUGCGAGAAUUAAUAGUACAUGAGUGGAUCUCUCACCCAGAGGAUUACCAGCCCUUCCUUGGUGUUGGACAAUUGUUAGACCAUGAAGCAUCUUUAUUUCUUAAUGAUGGUCAUUUCGCAUCAGAGUUAGGCAAUUGCAUGGCACUUGCAAUGGCAAAUUUACUCAAUCUUCCAAUUGUAGUAAUCACACAAAUGGAAAGUAUGUCAGUUGUCCCAGUUACUCCAAGGGAAACUCUUCAGUGCCUACCAAUCUUUGUCCCAUUUGAUCAUGCAGGUGUGGGUCACUAUGAUGCUGUAGCACACAGUACAAGCCAUUCAGUGGUCAAUGAAACACAAUCAUGUUCAGUCAGCAGCAUAGCUACCAAUCCUGAAUCUUGUCCUUGUGGUCAAGGUGCAAGAAAAAAAGAAUCCAAUAUCACCUCUUGUGAUAACUUCAAAAAAAGGUGCAAGUGUUUUCAAAGUGUGAAAGGUUGUAAUGACAACUGCCAGUGUCUUAGGUGUCAAAACCCAUAUGGAAAAAAGGCAAAAGCAGAAUACAAGAGUUAUCCAUCCGAAACAAGUAAAAGAAAACAACGAGCACAGGAAAUGACAACAGAGAGUAUGUCUGGAAAACACUUUUUGCUUAAAAGACCCUGCUUGGAGAGUGUUAGCAGAUGGACACUUCUUGAAGAGCUAGCCUUUGUCCAGAUUGUACAGUCCUCAUUAAUUGCAGCUGGCGGUGAUAUUGAUAUUGAUGUCAUUGCAAUGCAAUACUCGCAGCUGGUUGAUAACUCUGGAAUUCAUCCCAAGUCUCAAGCUCAAAUUUCUGGAAAG